CAAACACUCUCCCCCAAAUAAAACAAUGAGAACUAACUUGUUACUCCUAUUGAUAUUGCUUUCCCAAGUUGCAUCAUCUCUAUCAGAAUCAUGUCACCCACAAGACAAAACAACCCUUCUCCAAAUAAAAAAAGAACUCAACAAUCCAACCAUUCUUUCCUCAUGGAAACCAAACACUGAUUGCUGCAAAACCAGUUGGUACGGCGUCACUUGUUUUCGCUCCCACAAUCGUGUCCGCGACUUAACCAUUUCCCACGACAACAAUCUCACCUCUAAAUUUCCACUAUCCAUCGGUAACUUACCUUAUUUAGAAUCUAUAUAUUUCGAUAAUUUACCAAACCUCAUAGGUCCAAUCCCUAUUGACGCCAUAUCCAAGCUUCUCAACCUCAAAACCCUAACAAUAACCUCAACUGGCAUGUCAGGCCCAAUACCUAACUUUCCAUCCCAUAUGAAAAACCUCUUUAACCUUGAUCUCUCAUCAAACCAUUUCUCAGGUACACUCCCUCGUUACAUCCACAAAUUACCAAAACUCGAAAUGAUAUACUUUUACAACAACACAUUAACAGGUUCAAUCCCUUCUUCAUAUGGUUACUUCAAUAAUAAAAACCUACCCUCUUUACUUCUCUCUCAUAACCAUCUCUCUGGGAAACUCCCACUCUCAUUAGCGAGACUUAACACUACUGUUAUUGAGUUAUCUUAUAAUAGCUUUGAAGGUGAUGCUUCCAUGCUUUUUGGCUCUAAUAAAGCGACAAGGGAGAUAUAUCUUACACACAACAUGUUUAUGUUUGAUUUUGGAAAAGUUGAGUUGUCUAAGACCAUGACAACGUUGGAUGUGAGCCAUAAUCAAAUCUAUGGGAAGCUUCCUAAGGGAAUAGAACAUAUAUCGUGGUUGAAUGUGAGCUAUAAUAGGUUAUGUGGUAAGAUUCCAAAGGGUGGAAAUAUGAAUAAGUUUGGUGUGGGUUCGUUUUUACAAAAUAAGUGUCUAUGUGGGCAUCCUCUUCCAAGGUGCAAGUGAUUAUUGUUUGGUGUUCUAUCCUUUUAAAGGGAGUAAUUAUUUUCUAGUGUGUUUACAUUACUUCCAAUAGUUUUAUAUUGUAUUUGUUUUACAAGUCAAGUAUGGUUUUAUAUUUAAUCACCAUGGAGACACUACUUAAGAAUAAACAUAUAUCCAUUGUAUAAGAGUGUAUUGUAUUUAUUUUUAAUGUAAGUUUGGUUUUAUUUUUUUUUUAAGUUAGUGUGAAAGAUAUUCAA